GGCACUCCUGUAUUAUUCUUUUUUUAUUCUGACACUGUUCCGACGGCUGGAAGGUGGAUCUCGUCGUUGCGGAGACGGUUUUGAUUUUGGAGGGGCCAUAAAUAGGAAAUCCUACCCACGAAGGACCCGCUCAGUUCACGCGGCGCUGGAUGCCUGGGAGCCCCGAAUAAACCCAUGGCCUGUAAUUAACUUGGGGCGUGCUGUUUGCACGGAGGAGCCUUUGGCCCCCGGAGCCUGCCGCUGCACGGCCGGCUCUUAUGCCAGUGGUGGCGUGACUAGAUCAUUCUGUCUUUUUUUAGUAACAGGAUUUUGGUCUGUCUUACUGAGCUGGUUUCUUCUGUGCACGUGGCUCGUCUAGUCUGCAGACGUGUGUCAACAGAGCGGAUGCAUUGAGCAAGGACGCUGUCCGUCUCUGCGUGCCUGUCUGUUGUGCCCACUGUAUGUCGGAGCGUCGCGGCGACUCUUGCCAUAGAUGCCCGGUGGUCUGGAAAACACGAAACGACAAAGUGGUUUCCGCUGUCGUGAGGGGAACUUUAUCAGCCACGCGGCCUACAGGAACUGGAGAGACUGUGGCUAAGCGAGACGGUUUCCGUCAGAUUUGGGAGGGGGUUUAAUCCGGGACUAAGCGGUUCUCGAAGCUUCGCCCACUUGCUGGGCUCCACUCCUUUUUUCACAUGCUGGUUGUUUUUUUUUACGUGUGGUACUGUCGUAGCUGCGCGGCUCGGACUGGGCUCGCGGGCGGCUUCGCCGUACGUCUGGAUCGGUCUCGGGUGCUCGAGCAGGCGAGCGUGCAGUGCAGGGGAAAGACAGGACUUGCUGGGACAGGGAUUAUUUCGGAAAACCUAGACUGCAGCAGCGCACACAUUGUGUUUAUAUGACAGAAUGGGUGUGUGAGGCAGAGACUGAGUGUGAGAACUCUCAGAGGUCUCACCUGACGUCCUUCACCAUGAAGCUGAUGGACAAGUUCCACUCUCCCAAGAUCAAACGCACGCCCUCCAAGAAGGGCAAGCAGCAGGCGGCCGAGCCCGCCGUCAAGAGCGCCGAGAAGCCCGUCAACAAGAAGGUGAGCCGAUUGGAGGAGCAGGAGAAGGAGGUGGUGAGCGCCCUGCGCUACUUUAAGACCAUCGUGGACAAGAUGGCAGUAGACUCGAAGGUACUGCAGAUGCUGCCUGGAUCUGCCAGCAAAGUCCUGGAGGCCAUCCUGCCCCUCGUCCAGGUGGAGGCUCGCAGCCUGCACAGCUCUGCCAUUGCCUCCUGUCAUAACCGGGUGUAUCAGAGUUUAGCUAAUCUCAUUCGCUGGUCCGACCAGGUGAUGCUCGAAGGCAUCGACCUCGAUGACAAGGACACUGUGACAACUGUUACAGCGGUGAUAAAAGCGGUGCUAGAUGGCGUGAAGGAGUUGGUGAAGCUCACUAUAGAAAAACAAGAGCAGCCAUGUCCAGCAUCUCCCAGCAAGCCAGCGCCCCCUGUGGCCAAAACAGAGAGCGUGUGUGAGAUGCCUCUCACGGACCGGGAAAAGGAGAUCCUGAGCAAGACCACGCCCAUUGCCACGCCGACUGACAGCCUGACAGACAUCUCUGAGGAGGAGGUGGCUCCGCCCAAACCUCCCCUCCCAGGUCCUAAGUUAGCGGAGCACAGGAGCAGGAUGCAGUUGUGCUCCGAUCAUGUUUCCGGGCAGUGGAGGGACACAGUAAUAGGAACCCCGCCUGCUCUGCCUCCCAAGAAGCGGCAGUCUGCUCCCUCCCCCACACGUGUUGCCGUGGUAGCGCCCAUGAGCCGAACCAACUGUGGUCUCCACCUGCUGCCAGGAUCUCUCAAACAGGACUAUGAGGUGGACCUGCACCAGAGGCGGUUCUCGGGCGGCAGCCAAUCGUAUGGCGGCGAUUCGCCCCACCUCUCGCCCUGCAGCAGCAUGGGGAAGCUGAGCAAGUCAGACGAGCAGCUCUCGUCCCUGGAGCACGACAGCGGGCAGUGCUCGCGCAACACCAGCUGUGAGACGCUGGAUAACACAGACAGAUAUGACCCAGACUACGACUUCCUCCACCAGGAUCUUUCUGUGUCCGAGCCCUUACCAUUUCCCAGCCUGCCAAGCGGCUGCCUGAGCCCCCUCCCAGAGUGCCUGAGCGAGUCCCCGUCCCCGAGCCCCACGCACCCCCGCUUUAGCGCCCCCGUAGCCAAUCAGGUCUCUGGGGACCACUGGGCCACGCCCUCCGCCCCAGGAGCAGCGAAUGAGGAGCGACCUCCCGCCCUUCCGCAGAAAAAGCGCCGGUCUGCACCGAUCCUGUCGCCCUUCCCACUCUACGAGCGCCUCCCCUCGCACUACGACAACCUGUCGGAGGAGGACGCGGCCACGCCACCAUUCCCGCAGUGCAAUGGUGGCGAGGUCCUGUCUCGGAGCGUUGGCAGUGAUAGCCCACCCCCUCUGCCCGAGAAGAAGAGCAGGACCAUCCUACAGUAUAUGCAGUUUGUAGAGGACUACUCUGAGCCUCAGCCGUGCGUCUUCUACCAGACGCCUCAGAGCGAGCGCAUCUAUGAGCAGCGCAGGAACAAGCGCUUCCAGGAAGUCUACGGCCACAACGAGCCACUGAGCACGUGCGAACCGCAGCAUGAGGCCACGCCCCCACCCGCCCUACCGCCCAAACAGAGACAGCUGGCAUCUCACUCUUCCUCUCCCUCUUCCUCGUCCUCCUCCUCGCUUUCUCUUCUCCCUCCUUCCGCUGGGAUACCAGAGGAGGCGGAGUCUGCUCUUGGCCUCAGCCUAUCUGUGUCUAACGCCUUCCUUAGUGGCCACGCCUCUCUGACCACACCCACGAGUGAGAGUGCUAACGAUGAAACUGGAGAGGGGGAAUAUGUGAACCUGUACUCUGCUUCACAGGCCAACGGGGACACCACCCACCACUCUGACACGCCCACACACUGUGACGAUGUGCUUGUGGAUCCUGCCCCACACAUCCCCACGUCCAAUAGCAAGGAAGCAUUGCCCAAAGAAAGGGUGAAGUUAACAGACAUGCAAGAGGACAUCGAUGAGCUCUCCCUUGUGGAUCACAAAGAGAUCAUGAAUCGCAUCACUCUCAAAGCAGAGGGGGAUGAUGGACCAGAUGUCAGAGCAGGCUCCAGUGAUAUUCUCUUAGUCCACGCUACUGAAACGGAUCGCAAAGAUCUGGUAUUAUACUGUGAGGCUUUUCUGACCACAUACAGAACCUUCAUGACCCCUGAAGACCUUAUCAAAAAACUACACUACAGAUACACACACUUCUGCCACAGUCCCGACACGUUUAAGAAGCGUGUCAGUAAGAACACUUUCUUCGUGCUGGUGCGGGUGGUGGACGAGCUCUGUCUGGUGGAGCUGACGGAGGACAUCCUGCGGAAGCUAAUGGACCUGGUUUUCCAGCUGGUAUGUAGCGGAGAGCUGAGUCUUGCUCGUGUUCUCCGCAAGAACAUUCUGGAUAAAGUGGAACAGAAGAGACUCCUGAGACACACACACAUCCUCAGACCGCUCGCCGCACGAGGGGUGUCUGCAAGACCAGGCACGCUGCAUGAUUUCCGCAGUCAUGAGAUUGCAGAUCAGCUCACACUUCUGGACGCUGGGCUCUUUUACAAGAUAGAGAUUCCAGAGGUGCUUCUGUGGGCGAAAGAACAGAAUGAAGAAAAGAGCCCAAAUCUGACCCAGUUUACAGAACACUUUAACAACAUGAGCUACUGGGUGCGCUCUAUAAUCAUACAGCAGGAGAAAGCUCAGGACAGAGAGAAACUGCUGCUCAAAUUCAUCAAGAUCAUGAAGCACCUGCGGAAGCUGAACAAUUUCAACUCAUAUUUAGCCAUUUUGUCGGCUCUAGACUCUGCACCAAUCAGGAGGCUCGAGUGGCAAAAGCAGACCUCUGAGGGAUUAGAGGAGUACUGCACACUGAUCGACAGCUCAUCCUCGUUCCGAGCUUACAGAGCCGCACUGGCUGAGGUGGAGCCGCCGUGCAUCCCUUACCUUGGUCUGAUCCUGCAGGACCUGACAUUUGUUCACCUGGGGAACCCCGACCUGAUUGACAGGAAGGUGAACUUCUCCAAGCGCUGGCAACAGUUCAACAUCCUGGACAGUAUGAGACGCUUCCAGCAAGUACACUACGAGCUGAGACGGAACGAUGACAUUGUCUCCUUCUUCAACGACUUCAGCGACCACCUGGCAGAGGAGGCGCUGUGGGAGCUCUCCCUGAAGAUUAAACCCCGAAACAUCACACGGCGCAGGACAGAGCGCGAGGAGAAGAGCUAAACAGGACCUCCUCCCAGACCAGCUGCAGGAACAUGGCAGUUCAGCCAUGACUUCAGGGCGAGGAGCCAUCUGAGGGGAAAGGAGACUUCGUAGGGGCAGAGUUUUGGACAAGUGUGUGGGCAGGAUAAUAAAAACAGACACCCGCACACAGUGGCAGACUUAACCUGUAUAUCUGUACAUGUGUAUGGCAGAGUCAAAAUGGGACUGUGUGUGUGUGUGUGUGAGAGAGAGACUUGAGAUCUGGGAGAGCUUGUUGGAUCUGAGUCACUGAGACUGCAUCAGUGAUGAGAACACACUCAGAGUCUGGGAAGUGGGCGAACACUCCCUGACCCACUGAGGACAACCCACGUGGGCGUCGCAGUCCAGGUUCAUGGCCCCUGCUCCACUCCUUAAAAGACAAAGUACUGUGUGGAAUAGACUCUGAACACAAGUGAGGCCAAGCCCUUAAACUGGAUUCAGGUGUGUGUGUGAGAGAGAGAAAGUGUGAGAGGACACCCACAGUGUGUGUGUAUGUGUAUAUGUAUGCUCGUGCUCAUGUUGCGCGGUAUCUCCUCCACGACUGUUUACCCCAUCUCAGUGGCUUCAGUGUUCCAGAACAGACUGUGAUGUCAUAGAGGGUGGGGUGACUCAGUGUUGCCAGGCAACACAUUUUGAGUGACAGCUUGGGUGUUUUUUUUUUUGUUUGUUUUUUCCCCUGAGGUUGUGUAUGAUAUAUGGUGUAUGAUAUUAAGUGUAUGAAGUUGUACAGGUCUGGUGCGUCUCUCUGCAUAUACAGUCAGCAAUUACUAGGAGAAAAGGUUUUUUUUUCUAUUUCAAACCAAACAAUUUAUGCACUAAAAAAGCAAAAACACUAGGACUGAUGCUGUGAUCUCCAUAAGUGUGUGUGAGAGAGCGUGUGUGUGCGCGCGCAAUCAAGAAUGUUUGUGAAUUACCUUGUUGAGAGAAACCGAAAUGGCUCGUGCGUGUGUGUAUGUGGAAUUUUCCUGUUCACUGACCCCUGGGACCUUUGCUGUUAUCCUCAUCACAGUAAGCUUUCAUCCACCAAUAAAAAAUGACCUUUCUAGUAUA